AUGCUUCCUGCUAAACCAAGUAGACAAAUUAAAAAUGAUCAAGAUUUGGAAAAUUGGCUCAAGUCAGAAGCAUUUAUACGCCUGAUGCAUUUUAUCAAACUGUUGAAUGAAAAUGUGGCCAAUCACAAGAAUUCUGAUCCAUGUCACGUCUCUGAGAAUCCCCCAUUGCCCACGCCUCAAAGAUUCGGCAAUAAAGCAUUUAGAACUUGGAUCAAUCGACUUGAACAGAAUGUGGAAAUCAUCCAUAAAGAUAUUUUACCGGUUGAAUAUUAUGACCAUAUAAUAGAAUUAGCACCAUAUUUUGUAGAGAGUUUUGGCAAUUCCACGCGUAUUGAUUAUGGAAGUGGACAUGAAUUAAAUUUUGUGUGUUGGUUGUGUUGUUUAAAUUUAUUAGGGCUUUUUGAAGAGAAAAAUUAUACUUCAAUAAUUACAAGAAUAUUUAAAAAAUAUUUAGAUUUGGUUAAAAAACUUCAACGAGUUUAUAUGCUUGAACCAGCAGGUAGUCAUGGAGUAUGGGGAUUAGAUGAUCAUCAAUUUCUUUCAUAUUAUUGGGGAAGUGCACAAUUAAGAGAUCAUCCAAAUAUAAAACCUAAAUCCAUAUUAUCGAAUGAUUUGGUGGAUAUGUAUGCUAAUGAGUAUAUAUAUUUUGGCUGUAUAAAAUACAUUAAUGAGGUAAAAAAAGGUCCAUUCCACGAACAUUCACCUUUGCUUUAUGAUAUUUCAGGAGUGCCAAACUGGUCAAAAGUAAAUUCAGGUUUGUUGAAAAUGUUUGUUGAUGAAGUAAUGAAAAAAUUACCAAUUGUGCAACAUUUUUUAUUUGGAACAUUAUUACCGUACAAUAAUAAUAAUCAUUAA